AAAAGCUAACUCGAAGUACUCACCUGAAGAUGUCCGACGGUGCAGAGUCCCCAACAGAAACGCAAAAAGAGGAGUCCCAGCCACCGCCAGACGACUCGACGACAAAUGAAGAUAAGAAAAAAAUUGAUGUGCUGUUGAAGGCAGUGGGAGACACUCCUAUAAUGAAAACAAAGAAGUGGGCAGUAGACCGGGGGAGGACAGUACAGUCCCUGGCUCAGUUCAUCUCUCGUUUCCUAAAGCUUGAUGCCAGCGAACAACUGUUCAUCUAUGUUAACCAGUCUUUUGCCCCCUCACCGGAUCAAGAAGUAGGGGUCCUCUUUGAUUGUUUUGGUAGCGAUGGCAAGCUGGUUCUCCAUUACUGUAAAUCUCAAGCUUGGGGUUAAAUUCCUUCUCUACAACUCAAUUUUUUGACCUCUCCUUUUUUUUAAUUCAUCCUUCAAACAUGCACAAAAUGUUAUCUUUGCUUCUUUGCCAUUUGUUUUCUUUCAGAUUUUAUGU